GGGGCAGAGCUGCGGCCCGGCGGUGCCAGCAGCAGGAGCAGCAGCAGCGGCCGCCCCUUUCUUCUUUUUCCUCCUUCUCCUUCCCGUCCUUCUCCCCUCCUUCCCUCCUCGGCCCGCCUCCCUCCGGCGGCACCACCUCCGCCCGGCAGCGCAGCCUGCCCGGCCGCCUCUCCGCGCCGCUCCGCGCCCCGCUGCCCUCCCAUGCGCGGCGCUGCGCCGGCCGCGGAGGCACAGGGGACACCGCGGAGCCGCCGCCGCUGCUGUGUGGAAGAAAAUGUCAGUCAGCAUGCAUGAAAAUCGCAAAUCUAGGGCCAGUACUGGCUCUAUAAACAUAUACUUAUUCCACAAGUCAUCCUAUGCUGAUAGCGUCCUUACUCACCUGAACCUUCUGCGUCAACAGCGUCUCUUUACAGAUGUACUUCUCCAUGCUGGAAACAGGUCAUUCCCCUGCCACAGAGCCGUUCUGGCUGCUUGCAGCCGCUAUUUUGAAGCAAUGUUCAGCGGGGGGCUGAAAGAGAGCCAGGACAGUGAAGUCAACUUCCAUAACUCCAUUCACCCAGAAGUCCUAGAGCUUCUUCUGGACUAUGCGUAUUCCUCCAGGGUUAUCAUCAACGAGGAGAACGCAGAGUCACUGUUGGAGGCCGGCGACAUGCUGGAGUUCCAGGACAUUAGGGAUGCUUGUGCAGAGUUUCUGGAGAAAAACCUUCAUCCCACCAACUGUCUCGGCAUGCUGCUGCUGUCGGAUGCUCACCAGUGCACCAAGCUUUAUGAGCUCUCUUGGAGGAUGUGCCUUAGCAACUUCCAGAGUAUCAGUAAAAGCGAAGACUUCCUCCAGCUGCCCAAAGACAUGGUAGUGCAGCUCCUUUCCAGUGAAGAGUUAGAAACCGAAGAUGAAAGGCUGGUAUAUGAAUCGGCUAUCAACUGGGUCAACUACGACCUGAGUAAGCGUCACUGCUAUCUGCCCGAGCUCUUGCAGACGGUGAGGCUGGCCCUCUUGCCAGCCAUAUACCUCAUGGAGAACGUGGCAAUGGAAGAACUUAUCACCAAGCAAAGGAAAAGCAAAGAGAUAGUAGAAGAGUCGAUACGAUGCAAGUUAAAGAUCUUGCAGAAUGACGGAGUGGUCACUAGUCUGUGUGCCAGGCCCCGUAAAACUGGCCAUUCGCUUUUUCUUUUGGGUGGCCAAACCUUUAUGUGUGACAAGCUGUACCUGGUGGACCAAAAGGCAAAGGAGAUCAUUCCGAAGGCUGACAUACCGAGUCCAAGGAAAGAGUUCAGCGCUUGUGCCAUAGGCUGCAAAGUGUAUAUCACUGGGGGACGGGGAUCAGAAAACGGAGUCUCCAAAGACGUGUGGGUGUAUGACACUCUUCACGAGGAGUGGUCAAAAGCUGCUCCCAUGCUGGUCGCUCGGUUUGGGCAUGGCUCUGCUGAGCUGAAGCACUGCUUGUAUGUUGUAGGAGGACACACUGCAGCAACGGGUUGCCUUCCAGCUUCCCCUUCAGUAUCCUUAAAGCAAGUCGAACAAUAUGACCCCGUCACCAACAAAUGGACCAUGGUUGCCCCCCUGCGAGAGGGAGUGAGCAACGCAGCUGUAGUCAGUGCGAAGCUUAAGCUGUUUGCUUUCGGAGGUACCAGUGUUAGCCACGACAAGCUGCCCAAAGUUCAGUGCUAUGAUCAGUGUGAAAACAGAUGGACAGUACCAGCCACCUGCCCCCAGCCCUGGCGCUACACAGCUGCAGCUGUUCUGGGUAACCAGAUUUUUAUUAUGGGUGGAGACACUGAAUUCUCUGCGUGCUCCGCUUACAAAUUCAACAGCGAGACGUACCAGUGGACUAAGGUGGGAGAUGUGACAGCCAAGCGAAUGAGCUGCCAUGCAGUGGCAUCUGGAAACAAGCUGUACGUUGUUGGAGGCUACUUCGGCAUUCAGCGAUGCAAAACGUUGGACUGCUACGAUCCCACGUUAGACGUAUGGAACAGCAUAACAACCGUGCCCUAUUCGCUAAUUCCCACGGCGUUUGUCAGCACGUGGAAGCACCUCCCCUCAUAAUUGUGUGUGUGUGUUGCAAUUAGAAAUUAUCAGUUUACUCCAUUAUUUGGAGAAGAGAAUUGGAACCUCAGAUCUGGAGAAAUGGUUUUAAUGAAGAAGAAUCAUUUAGCGUCUCUUGCAUUUGAAGAAAAUCAUCUGCACCUUGUAAAUUACCUAACCUAGACAUGAAGGAAUGGGAGGAAAAAACUGUCUUCAGUGCUUCAGCACGUGGUUUAAAUAUGAAUGAAUGAAUGAAUGAAUGAACCUAUGAUCUGGUCCUUGUGCUAGUAAUUGUGGAUUAAUGCCACUAUUGAUCAGUCCUUCAAAAGAGACAGGACUUCUCUGAGCUGUGCAGCACACAACUCUUGAUUUCCAUGGACUCCACUGUUUGUACGUGAAAUUUGAAAUGGUUGUCACCUCCCUUUGUGAUGGCUUGAAGUGCCAGCGCCAGCUGCAGGGGAAGCAGGCCAGGUCUGAAGCAGUGCGAUGCCGCUGUGGGUGAAGAGACAGCGGUAUGGCUGGAGAACUCCGCUUGCUGGGGCGUGCUGGUCUGUGGGCAGUGCCUACAGCAUCUCCUGGACCCCAUGCUGCAACGUGCAGCGAGCGACCUCCCACUAGAUAAGGAAGAACACAGUGGUGAAAUGUUCUUGCAACAGUGGGGAACAAAAGUGACAUCCCCCAAAUACUCACUGUUCCCUUUCCUCCCUGUAUUUAUAAGUAAUUCAGACUGUCCCAUUCCUGUUAUGUUACUUGUUGUAGAUAUAGCUAUUUAUUGUUCUGUGCUUGCAUGCUGAAACAAUGCCUGCAAUUGUCUUCAUGUUGUAAGGGCUUGUGUGAAUUGUCGUACGUUUUGCACAUAAUUGUGAUCGCUGACUUGCUCUGCUGCACAAAGAAAGAAAACUGCUGGGUAAUGGUCGGAGGUGGGAGGGAGGGAGGGGUGGCUUCCUGGUCGGAAACGGAAGGAAUACAAGGCAGGAUCUUAAAUUACACCCAUACUAAAGGAAGAAGCCAUGGAGGUCAUUUUCUCAGGCCACCAGCUCCCCAGGUUGCUUAUGGUGUGUCUUGUAGAUGGUGUCCUUGUUACGUGCCAUUUGCUGGUCAUGCCUUUCAAUUUCUAAUCUGGAAGUAGCCAAAAUCACUUGCAGCUCUCUCUUUGUGCAGCUACCUGAUUGCAACACAAAUACUGUGGAAUAGCUUCUGGAUACCAAGCCCAGGUGAAGUUGUUGUCCAAAGUUAUUUAUUUAUUUAUUGGAUUAGAAAAGGGGAUACUUUGAAUAUUAGCCACAUCGACCUGAAUGAGUGGAGUGUGGCUGAUUCAAGAAUAAAAGCAAAAAACCUCAAGAUAUGUUAGUGAUGAAGUCUUUUUUUUUUUUUUUUUUUUUUAAUAAAAAAUAAAAUAA